AAACAUUGCAAAAGUCAAGUAUUGAGCGAUUGUUUCGCUUAUUGUUAUCAUUAAUGUUGUAAUCAUUGUUACAAUCAAUGCAUUCAUAAGCCGUUCAUUACAUCUCAUUGUUGUCCACAUUUGUCACCCGAAAUGUCUUCGCCGACCAUCUCUUCGGACCAAUGGCUCAGAGAUAACGACACUUGCGAUGAAUUGGCCAACGAUUUGAUGGCCAAAAUCAAUCAACGAAAUCAGUUCCCGAAGAACUCAAUCGCCUUUUCGCGGAACGAGAGCCAAACGCAGCAAAUGAUGAAGACUUUCACUCAACGCAUACAACAAUUACAGCAACAACUGAUCCAAAGCUCUAAAUCUAAUCAAUUAACUCAACGCGAGAUCGAAAGGAGACAACGAGUGGUUGAUAAUUUGAAUUAUCGGUUAAAACAGAUGGAGAUAUCCAUAGAAAACCCGGACGCAGACCGA